AUGCCCACAUUGUCCCGUGGAAUGGAAGUUGAUGGUUUUAAGCGGGGACAUCAGAAUAUUAAAUGCAUUUUCUCGGAUUUAAUGCGCAUGAAAACGAAUUUACACAAUUUUUUUCUUCCUCCAAAUAUAUUGCAGGAGGUGCCCUCAACUUUGCCAAAACCAGCUUCCAGAGUUGAUAAAAUUGCUUCUGAAUUAAUUGAUUGCUGCCCUUUUUGCGAUUACAGCAGGUAUGAGAGCUUUUUGGGAUAUUCUGAAUUUUCUGAGCCCUGCAUAAAACCAUUGGAAUGCAGUUUUGAUCCGAUCACUGGAAUUUCUGUGGUGCCCCCUUUUUGCCUGCCCUUUUCUUUGAAUCCGAAUGAUGGGGGUUUUAUCGAUAACUACAUUUACAAACACGCCCUUCUUAACCUAUUAUCCUAUUCGAUUAAUUGUACAGACUGCAGUCAAGUUUUUCACAUUGAAUGCGCGAGAAGAAAUUCAUCCACCAAUGCUGUUAUCCCUUUAAUUUAUUCUCGCGAUAGAGACAAUAAAGGCAAUAGGGAGCCUUUUGAACUAGUGUUUCCAAACGCAAUUAUUUGUCUUCGAACGCAGCAAUGUUUUGAUUGUCUUUUUUCAGGGUCCAAUGAUAUCCAAAAAACCGCAGUCGCAAGCUCAGUAGAAAAACCAGCCAACAAUUUACAAGAGAAAUGCAGUAGAUGCUGGAGAGACUUUCAAUUAUCACAUUUAGUUGCUGUUCAGGCCCGCCUACUUUAUGUAAACAAGAAUAUUAAGGAAAAUCAAUCUUAUUCUGAGCUGAUUUGUUCAUCGUGUCUGGAAUGUUCCCAUUGCUUAUCUUCUGGGGAUGAUGAUCCAUACUGCUCUACAUCUAUACUUGGAUUGCCAAAGAAGCAACAGUCUCUUCCUUGGGUUGUAUUUUGGAUAUAUUCAGCCCCGCCUCUUUCCUUGCUAUUUUGUGGAGGAUGCGCAUCAGCGAUGGAUGCCAAGGAAUAUUGUCCAAUUUGCUUUCAAUUGUACGACAGAGACAAUUUUUCCAUACCAAUGGCUAAGUGUGACGACUGUAAUAGGUGGAUCCAUGUUGGAUGUGAUCCAUCCAUCGAUCUUUCUUGGUAUGCUUCUGCUUCAAAUGGAAAUGGGGCUCUUCAAUAUACUUGUCCCUGUUGUGUACGGGGAAAAUCGGUAUGCCUUUCAAACGAAAAUAAAAGUGAAAUAUCCUCAACACUGCCAAAUCAUUCAUGUUCCUUCUAUUCGUCUGGUACUUGGAUUUUAAGCCAUGGGGUAGUUCCUUAUUCCCCAACCCCUCAUAUUCCAGGCAAGUGGAUUAAAAGCUUGGAAAGUGGAAAAUGGCCCGUUGAACUUGUAGUGGCCAGAUUCGUUCCUUCCUUUAGGAGUCUUGGGAAAAAAACUCUUCUUCUCAUAAAGGUUCUUCGCGGUUGGGAACCCGCAGGACAAUCUCCAAGGCUUGAAAUCCGAUUCUUGGAUCACACUGAAAAUGGUUCUCCGUGCGCUUUUAAAUUAGACAGCCUCAAUGAUUGGAAAUCUUUAUACAUCGAUUUAUGGCUCACAUGGGUGGGAUAUUGCUCGCCAUUUUCUAGAAUACACUGUUUAAGCUUUAUCCUUGGCGAAUCUGUCCUUCAAUGUUUGAGGUCUGCUAGCUUCAUUUCUUGUAACACCCCAUCAUCUUCAAAGUGUACCAGAGCAAUUCCUGGCAUUAAACGCAAAAACAAUCUUGGCUUUGGUCAAUUAAGGCACGCUGUCAAUGGCACGUGCAACAAUGAAAUGGUUUCAUCGAUCAGCCUCAAUUAUUUCGACCGCAACUAUAGCUCGGUAAAUUCCCUCUCUAUUCACCGAUCAUCCAUUCAAGGAUUAGGUGUUUACGCUAAGGUAUCGAUCGAAGCAAAUGUCCCGCUUCUUCCCUAUUAUGGUGUCAUAGUUGGCCCUCAUUUAGCAGAGAACCUGGAGUCUCUGUAUGAAUCCCUUGGUCUUGGAUGUUAUUUUUUCAAAAUUUCGUCAACGCUAAUUAUUGAUGCCACACUUGGAGGCUCUUCUGCCCGAUUUGUGAACCAUUCCUGUGAUCCGAACUGCGUAACUAAAUCUAUUUGUUCUGCAAAGGCUUCCUUUUCAUAUAAGCUAAAAAAAGGCGGCAUUACCUGCACCAACAGUUGCAGGCCGUCUUGUUCGAUUGUCGUUAUUUAUUCAAAGCGAGAUAUAAAUCCAGGCGAGGAGCUAACUUAUGACUACAUGUUUAAAUUGGAAGGGGACCAUUCACUGCGUAUUCCUUGUGGAUGUAGAUCACCAAAAUGUAGAGGCUUUAUGAACUGA